GUUGAAUCUCUGUCUACAAAAACAAGAUAUAGAGUCGAAACGUGGCAUUGAAAUCAAUCACCAACAUGAGCUGCUAUAAAGACGCUGAAUCCAUUGUCAAGCCAUUCCUGGAGCAGCAUCGUAAGGAUUACAACGAAGGAAAUUUUGACAAGCUCGCUGAAUACUACCAUCCAGACGCUAUCCUGGUCGUGGCUGGGAAGAAAGGAACAUAUGGAAGAGAUGCUAUCAAGCAAGAGAAGAUGGAAUACAGUGAGCGUACAGGAAAAGCUAGCCAUGGUUCCUUAAAGCUUUCCAACGAAAACUAUCAGAUGACGGAUGAUUUCAUCUUCUACUGUGGAGAUUCCGAAUACCAGACAGAAAAGGCUGGGAAGCUCAAGGCAAAAUUCUCCAAAAUCUUCAAGAAAACGAAUGGGAAGUAUCUACUCCUGCGCGAACAAUGGAACUUGGAAGAAUGAGCGGCUACAUAAUCUUCUUUUAUACAAAUGAUAAUAAAGGCUGAUCAGAUGAAUAAUAAUAUGCUAUCAACU